AUGCACGGACGCGUCAAGAGCAUUGAGCGCAAGAACGAGCAGCUAAAGACGGACGAGCAGCGCCAGGAAGAGGUCUCGAGAGUGCGAAUGUACCACGAGGUGGCGAGCAAAGUGCUAGCGAUGAAGCGCCAGCAGCGCUACGAGCCCAGCGUGCUGCCUCUGACGAGCCACUUGCUGCUGCUGAACCCCGAGUUCCACAUGCUCUGGAGUUACCGCCGUGAGGUCAUUACGGCUCUGGCGCAAGAAACGGAUCGAGCCGCGUCCAAACUGCGCGAAUUGGCCGACACGGAACUCAAGAUGACGCUGGACGCACUGCAGCGGAACCCCAAAUCCUACUCGGCUUGGUUCCAGCGCAAAUGGAUCAUUGACCAGGGACUGGGCGAUUUGCAGAAGGAGAUUGGACUGUGUGACAAGCUACUGGAUCUCGACGAGCGCAAUUUCCACUGCUGGAAUUACCGUCGACACGUCUGCGAAAUGGCUGGAGUGUCGAAAACCGACCAGUUGGCGUUCACGACGAAGAAGAUCGAGCAGAACUUCUCCAACUACUCGGCGUUGCACCAUCGCAGUAUUGACCUGCCGGAGCCGAUAACGGCCGACGUGCUGUUUAGCGAGAUUGAACUCGUGCAACAAGCCGUGUUCACAGAACCGGAUGAUCAAAGUGCCUGGUUUUACUACCGCUGGCUGUUGACGUCGAUGUUGGACCUGACGAUAUCGUCUCCCGAAGACACGGCGGAAUUCUUGAAGUCCCAAGUGCAGUGGCUGGAUCAACUGCUGGCAAUGGAGAAGGACGCGAAAUGGGUCAUCGUCACGCUGGCCGACGUACACGGCCGCGCAGGCACAAUGACUCAGGUCGAUGGCUGGCAGGAUUCCAAGACGCAGAGCGUGGAGCUGUACAAACGGGCGAUCGAGCUCGAUCCGAGUCACCGCUGCUACUACGAGGACAGGAAGAAAAGGUUCGCGUAG